AUGACACCAGUCGCACGCAUCGAUCCACAUCUGCAGCUGGUGGGGACUCCCCUCUGGACUCCCCUCUGGACUCCCCUCUGGACUCCCCCUCUGGACUCCCCUCUAGACUCCCCUCUGGACUCCCCUCUGGACUCCCCUCUGGACUCCCGUCUGGACUCGCCUCCGGACUCCCCUCUGGACUCCUCUCUAGACUCCUCUCUAGACUCCCCUCCGGACUCCCCUCUGGACUCCUCUCUGGACUCCUCUCUAGACUCGCCUCUGGACUCCCCUCUGGACUCCCUUCUCCCUUCUGAAAUUAAAGAACGGUCACUAAUGAAACUCUACAUCGCGCCAGGGGACCCACCUCGGCUUGAUGUUGUUAAACAGUGA